AUGGCCAAGAGUAGCUUUUGCCUGGUUCCUAUAAUUUGUCAGUUUCUGGGCCUGCAAGCCGCUUUACUAGACACCUUGGUGGAUCAGAGUAGUAUAUACUAUCUAAAGGCAUCCGCAACCGAGGAACUGCUGCUGUCCAAAGUGGAUCAAGUGGAGAGAUUGGACUCUGUCAAGUUGAUUGUUCAUGGAUAUUUGGGAUCAAGGACUCAUGGCUCCAUAAUGCCACUGAGAAAUGCCUACACCGCCCAGGGUUAUGACAAUGUCCUGGUGGCCGACUGGGGACCUGUGGCCAAUUUGGAUUAUCCCACCUCCCGUUUGGCAGUCAAAAAAGUAGGUCACAUUUUGGCCAAAAUCCUUGAAGAGUUCCUGCAACGCCAUGGCAUCGCCACAGAGGGAGUUCAUGUCAUAGGUCACAGCUUAGGAGCACAUAUUGCGGGACGCAUUGGUCGUUAUUUUAAUGGAACUCUUGGCAGAGUCACAGGAUUGGAUCCCGCUCUGCCCCUCUUCUCGAGUCGAGCCGAUGACAGUCUGCAUUCGAAUGCCGCUCAAUUUGUGGAUGUCAUACACACGGAUUAUCCCUUAUUUGGAGAUCUGAGACCCCGAGGUUCGGUGGAUUUUUAUCCCAAUUUUGGACAGGCUCCGCAGCCGGGAUGCGAGGAUGUGGAUCUGAUUGCUGCCAGUAAGCUCCUUCACGAGGCUUACAGUUGCAGUCACAAUCGCGCUGUCUUGUUUUAUGCCGAAUCUAUAGGCAUGCCCCAGAAUUUUCCAGCUAUUUCGUGCAGCUUUCAAGCCAUUAAAAGUCGGCGUAUUGAGAGUUGUUUAAAAGAAAAAUUAGCUACUAAUAAUACAGAAACUAUACCGGAAGAUCGGGUAAUAUAUAUGGGCGAGCAUGUGGAUCGCAGCGCCACCUUGUAUUUUUAUUUGGCAACUAAUGCAGCGCCGCCUUACGGCCAAGGCAGGAACUCAAAGGUUUUAAGUUGA